CAUGUCCUCCCCCUAUGUUCAGUCAACUUUACACACGCUCAGUGCUGAUCCAGCUCACCUGCCACCAAACAUUUUCCAAACUUUUCUCGAGGACUUAUCAGGAAGGACGGACCUAUCGAGAGGGUGCCAAUUAAAAAAAACAACCCACGACGAGCAGCUGCCUUGCCCGUUAGAAAUCGAAUCGUUUAAUUCAUCACUGCCCUGACACAAGCGGACUCUUCGCAAGCACCUCUGAAAAAUUUUCCUGGCUGCUUUUUUAAACUCCUCCGAGUUUGAACUCUCCUCCGCGAGCGCGCGCUUGUUACCGACCUGUGAAAGUUUUCUGCGCCGCCGAGCGCACAAUUCAACACCCAGGUGUCACCGCGGUAUAAAAGUGGACACGGAAAAAGCCACCAUGAUGAGCAAUAACUACACCGACGAGCCGCAGUACUACCAGGCCACUGACUUUGGGGAAGAGGAGGACGACGAGAUGCCCGCCACGGAGAAGGACCUCGCCGAGGACGCGCCAUGGAAGAAGAUCCAGCAGAACACCUUCACCAGGUGGUGCAAUGAGCACCUCAAGUGCGUGAACAAGACCAUCACUGACCUUCAGAGGGAUUUUAGUGAUGGGCUCAAGCUCAUUUCACUCCUGGAGGUUUUGAGCCAGAAGAAAAUGUACAGAAAGUACCACAUCAGGCCAAACUUCCGUCAGAUGAAACUGGAAAAUGUCUCUGUGGCGCUGGAGUUCCUGGACAGAGAGCACAUCAAACUGGUCUCUAUUGAUAGCAAAGCCAUUGUGGAUGGGAAUCUAAAGCUGAUCCUGGGUCUUAUCUGGACUCUCAUCCUCCACUACUCCAUCUCCAUGCCCAUGUGGGAUGACGAGGAUGACGAGGAAGCUAAGAAGCUGACGCCCAAACAGCGCUUGUUGGGAUGGAUACAGAACAAAGUGCCUCAGCUGCCCAUCACCAACUUCCACCGUGACUGGCGGGAUGGCAAAGCCCUGGGAGCUCUGGUCGACAACUGUGCCCCCGGUUUGUGUCCCGACUGGGCGGAGUGGGACCCAAACCAGCCCGUGCAAAAUGCCAGAGAAGCCAUGCAGCAGGCUGACGACUGGUUGGGUGUGCCCCAGGUAAUUGCACCCGAGGAGAUUGUGGACCCAAAUGUGGACGAGCACUCUGUGAUGACCUACCUGUCUCAAUUCCCGAAAGCAAAACUGAAGCCCGGCGCUCCUCUCAAGACCAAACAGCUUUUUCCAGACAAGGCUAAAGCCUAUGGACCAGGUAUUGAGCCCCAUGGCAACAAAGUGCUGCAACCAGCCGUGUUCACUGUGGAAACUCUGGAAGCUGGAAGUGGUGAGGUCCUGGUGUAUGUGGAGGAUCCAGAGGGACACAAAGAAGAGGCUAAGGUUAAACCCAAUAACGACAAAAACAGAACCUACACAGUCACCUAUGUUCCCAAAGUCGAGGGUGUCCAUAAGGUAAAAGUGCUGUUUGCUGGUCAGGACAUUGACAAGAGCCCCUACACAGUGAAUGUGGCGAAAGAUUUGGGCGACCCUAGCAAAGUCCAUGCUAGAGGACCAGGGCUGGAGCGCACGGGCAAUCUGGCGAACAAACCCACCUACUUUGAUAUCUACACAGCUGGUGCCGGUAAGGGCGAUGUCAGUGUGGUCAUCGUCGAUCCUCAGGGCAAAAAGGACACCGUCGAGCUCAUCCUGGAGAACAAGGGCGACAGCGUCUUCCGCUGCACCUAUCGUCCAAUGUUAGAGGGCCCUCAUACCAUCCAUGUACUGUUUGCAGACCAGGAGAUCCCCAAGAGCCCUUUCACUGUCGACAUUGCAGAGGCACCGCCUGUUGUUGCUCCCAAGGGAGCGCCACUGCAGAUAAUCCCUCAGUCAGUGCGCACCCCUCCAGGAGUGAAAGGGGGGAAGGGGGCUCCCCCUCCAAAACCGGGCCGUCCAACCAUGAACCCAAACGCCUGCAGAGCUACAGGUAGAGGCCUUCAGCCUAAAGGCGUGAGAGUGAAAGAGGUUGCAGACUUCAAAGUUUUCACCAAGGGAGCUGGCAGUGGAGCACUGAAUGUCUCAGUCAAAGGACCAACUGGAGCAGAGGAGCAAGUGAAAGUGCGUGACGCAGGGGACGGCGUGUAUGAAUGUGAAUAUUACCCCCUUAAACCUGGUAAAUACACAGUCAGCAUCAUGUGGGGAGGCCAGCCCAUCCCACGCAGUCCCUUUGAAGUGGAAGUGGGUCUGGAGGCAGGUCUUCAGAAGGUGAGGGCCUGGGGUCCAGGUCUGAAGACUGGCAUGGUGGGAAAAUCUGCAGACUUUGUCGUUGAAGCCAUCAACACUGAAGUUGGAACACUGGGGUUCUCCAUUGAAGGCCCAUCCCAGGCUAAAAUUGAAUGCGAUGACAAGGGUGAUGGCUCUUGUGACGUACGUUACUGGCCCACUGAGCCUGGUGACUAUGCUGUCCAUGUCAUUUGUGACGAUGAAGACAUCAAGGACAGUCCUUUCAUAGCGCACAUCCUCCCUGCAGCCAAUGACAUCUUCCCGGAGAAGGUGAAAGCUUUUGGACCAGGUCUGAAGCCAACUGGUGUCAUUGUGAACAAACCAACUGAAUUCACCAUUGAUGCACGCAUGGCUGGAAAGGGUCACCUCAAGAUAUACGCGCAGGACGCCGAAGGCUGCACCAUCAACAUCAAGAUCACAGACAAAGGAGAUGGCACAUAUCUGUGUGUGUACACUCCUGCAAAGCCUAUUAAACACACCAUCAUCGUCACCUGGGGGGAGGUUAAUGUGCCCAACAGCCCCUUUAGGGUGCUGGUUGGAGAGGGUUCUCAUCCAGAAAAAGUCAAGGUCUAUGGGCCUGGAGUGGAGAAGACGGGGCUGAAGGCCAACGAGCCAACCUACUUCACAGUGGACUGCAGUGAGGCUGGUCAAGGGGACAUCAGCAUUGGAAUCAAGUGUGCCCCUGGAGUGGUUGGUCCUGCCGAGGCAGACAUUGACUUUGACAUCAUCAAGAAUGACAAUGACACCUUCACUGUCAAGUACACUCCUCCUGGUGCAGGCAAAUAUACCAUCAUGGUGCUGUUUGCUGACCAGGAAAUUCCCAUCAGUCCAUUCAAAGUCAAAGUAGAUCCUUCCCAUGAUGCUGGCAAGGUGAGAGCCGAGGGUCCUGGACUCAACAAGACAGGAGUGGAGGUGGGCACUCCCACCCACUUCACCAUCUACACAAAGGGAGCUGGAAAAGCCAAGCCUGAGGUGCAUUUUGCAGCAUCAGGCCCAGGAGAGGCGGUUCGUGACUUUGAGAUCAUUGAUAACCACGAUUACUCCUACACUGUCAAGUACACGGCUGUUCAGCAGGGUAACAUGGCAAUUUCAGUGACUCAUGGAGGAGAUCCCAUUCCCAAGAGCCCCUUUCACAUCACAGUAGCACCACAGCUGGAUAUUGGAAAAGUGAAAGUGGAAGGAUUAGACACCAAAGUGGAAGUUGGAAAGGAUCAGGAGUUCUCUGUUAACACAAAGGGAGCUGGUGGGCUGGGAAAUGUAGGUGUGAAGAUGACCUCACCUUCUGGUCGACCAAUUCCAUGUAAGCUGGAAUCUGACAAAGCUAAAGGUGCACACAGUGUGAAGUACAUUCCCCCAGAGGAGGGCCAGUACAAGGUUGAUGUCAGCUAUGAUGGCAACCCGGUGAUGGGAAGCCCCUUUGGUGUUGAAGCAGUGAUGCCUGCUGAUCCUUCAAAGGUGAGAGCCUUUGGUCCAGGCCUGAAGAAUGGCAUUGUGGGUAAACCUGCUCCAUUCACUAUUGAUACAAAAGCAGCAGGUGCCGGUGGGCUGGGCCUGACUGUAGAGGGCCCCUGUGAAGCUAAAAUUGAGUGUCAGGACAACGGCGAUGGCACAUGCGCGGUGUCCUACCUGCCCACUGAGCCUGGGGAGUAUGCCAUUAACAUCCUGUUUGCAGAGCAACACAUUCCCGGUUCUCCAUUCAAGGCUGCGGUGCGCCCAGCUUUCGAUCCCAGCAAGGCAACAGCUAAAGGUCCUGGUCUGGAGAGGGCCAAGGCAGGUGAACCAGCAACCUUCACCGUGGACUGCACCCGAGCAGGCGAUGGCGAGCUCACCAUCGAGAUUGUGUCAGAGACUGGGGUCAAGGCUGAAGUUCACAUCCAGAAAACUGCAGAGGGCACGUUCUCUGUGACUUAUACCCCCUCCUUCCAUGGCACACACACCAUCACAAUCAAAUAUGGUGGCCACAUGAUCCCACAGUUUCCCAAGGUCCUGCAGGUCGAGCCAGCUGUGGACACCAGUGGGGUGCAUGUGUACGGACCAGGAGUGGAGCCCAGAGGGGUCCUCAGAGAAGUCACGACACACUUCAUUGUUGAUGCAAGAGCCCUCAGCAAGGUUGGAGGAGCUCAUGUGAAGGUUCACAUUAUCAGCCCCUCUGGCACCAACACAGAGAACUACAUCACCGACAAGGGAGAUGGCACCUACAGAGUGGAGUACACUGCAUUUGAGGACGGAAUGCAUCUGAUAGAGGUGCUGUAUGAUGAUGCACCUGUGCCAAAGAGUCCCUUCAGAGUGUCUGUGGUGGAAGGAUGUGAUCCUACCCGUGUCCGUGCCUUUGGACCAGGUCUGGAAGGAGGAAUAACCAACAAGCCUAAUUGCUUCACUGUGGAGACCAGGGGUGCUGGUACAGGAGGCCUGGGCCUGACUAUCGAGGGAGCCUCAGAGUCAAAAAUAUCCUGUAAAGACAAUAAAGAUGGCAGCUGCAGUGUGGAGUAUGUCCCCUACACCCCUGGGGAUUAUGAUGUCAACAUUAACUAUGGAGGUCACCCUAUCCCUGGCAGUCCAUUCCGUGUUCCAGUGAGGGAUCCUGUGGACCCCAGCAAAGUGAAGUGCUCAGGUCCAGGUCUGGGUGCCGGAGUGAGAGCCCACAUUCCUCAGACCUUCACAGCAGACUGUACCAAAGCUGGACAGGCCCCACUGGAUGUCAAACUCUAUGGCCCAACAGGUGCUGUGGAGCCAGUUGGUGUGAAGAACAAUGGCGAUGGAACUCACACGGUUCACUACACCCCGGCUCAGGACGGCCCUUACACUGUGGCUGUCAAAUAUGCAGAUCAGGAAGUCCCACACAGUCCAUUCAAGGUGAUGUCUCAGCCCGGGCAUGAUGCCAGCAAGGUACGUGCCAGUGGCCCUGGACUGGACACAAAGGGUGUGUCUGCGAGUCUGCCUGUUGAGUUUACUAUCGAUGCCCGCGAUGCUGGAGAGGGACUGCUCACAGUACAGAUUCUUGACCCAGAAGGCAAACCAAAGAAUGCAACCAUCCAGGACAACAGGGACGGCACCUACACAGUGUCAUAUGUACCUGACUCCACAGGCCCCUACACUAUUACCAUUAAAUAUGGUGGAGAUGAGAUUCCUUACUCCCCGUACUGCAUCCAGUCCCUGCCUACUGGAGAUGCCAGCAAAUGUCGCCUUACUGUGUCCAUUGGAGGACAUGGUGUAUCAAGCCUUCAGAAACUGCAGACGUCUGAGGAUACAGUUAUCACAGUCGAUGCCAAAGCUGCUGGGAAAGGCAAGGUGACCUGUAAAGUGCUGACCCCACAGGGGAUGGAGCUGGACAUGGAUGUGGUGGAGAAUCACGAUGGGACCUUUGACAUUUACUACACCGCCCCUGAACCUGGAAAAUAUGUAAUUACGAUACGCUUUGGGGGACAGAACAUCCCCAAGAGCCCCUUCCAUGUGGUGGCCACAAAUGAACCAGUGGCCCCCCGCGAUACCGUGGAUCCCCAGUUCCGUCCCGUUAACUUCCUCGUUCCCUUCACGCCACAUCAGGGAGAAAUCACAGGUGAGGUGCGAAUGCCUUCAGGCAAGACUGGCCGCCCGCAUAUCACUGACAACAACGAUGGCACCAUCACAAUCAAGUACCAGCCCACAGAGAGAGGACUGCAUGAGAUGGAUAUCAAAUAUGAAGGCAACCACAUUCCAGGAAGCCCUCUGCAAUUCUAUGUGGACGCUGUGAACAGUGGGGUGGUGAAUGCUUAUGGUCCAGGUUUGAGUUACGGCACAGUGAACAAGUCUGCCACUUUCACUGUGGUCACCAAGAACGCAGGAGAAGGUGGGCUGUCACUGGCAGUAGAGGGCCCCUCUAAAGCUGAGAUCACUUGUAAGGACAACAAGGACGGUACCUGCACUGUGUCCUACCUGCCCACGGCUCCUGGAGAUUACAAUAUCAUUGUCAAGUUUGACAACAAGCACAUUUCGGGCAGUCCCUUCACUGCCAAGAUCACUGGUGAUGACUCCAUUACCAGGACAUCUCAGCUGAAUGUGGGCUCAUCAGCUGACGUGUCCCUGAAGAUCACAGAGACUGAUCUGAGCUCUCUCACUGCCAGUGUCAGGGCUCCAUCAGGCAACGAGGAGCCCUGUCUGCUCAAGAGACUGCCCAACAGACACCUUGGCAUCUCCUUCACACCUAAGGAGGUUGGCGAACAUGAAGUGAGUGUGAGAAAGAACGGCAUGCACGUAGCCAACAGCCCUUUCAAGAUCAUGGUCGGCCAGUCAGAGAUCGGUGAGGCCAGCCGAGUCAAGGCCUUCGGUAAAGGCCUGGUGGAAGCGCACACUUUCGAAAUGGCAGAAUUUUUUGUGGAUACAAGAAAUGCAGGUUAUGGAGGUCUAGCAUUGUCAGUCGAGGGUCCGAGCAAAGUGGACAUCAACUGUGAAGAUAUGGAGGACGGGACGUGCAGAGUUACCUACUGUCCAACAGAACCUGGGAAUUACACUGUUAAUAUCAAGUUUGCUGAAAAGCACAUUCCAGGAAGUCCUUUCACAGUGAAGGUAACUGGAGAAGGAAGGAUCAAAGAAAGUAUCACUAGGAAGAGGCAGGCUUCUUCUAUUGCCUCAGUGGGCAGCACAUGUGGCCUUAACCUCAAGAUCCCAGGAAACUGGUUUCAGAUGGUUUCAGCUCAGGAGAGGCUGACCAGGACAUUUACCCGCAGCAGCCACACGUACACACGCACAGAGCGCACAGAGAUCAGCAAAACCCGUGGCGGAGAGACCAAGAGGGAGGUUCGAGUGGAGGAGAGCACACAGAUGGGAGGAAGAGGAAGCCCAUUUAGAGACGUUUUUGGAGACUUUCUGGGCAGAGAGAGCCUCAGCAGCUUCGCUGGCAUCACUGCCAGACCGGAAGUGGAGAGUGGCGGCUCGCAGGCCAUGACAGGUCAGGUGACGAGCCCCAGUGGGAAAACGGUGGAUGCUGACAUUGUGGAUGGAGGGAGCAACACGUACAGCGUCCGCUUCAUCCCACAAGAAAUGGGACCCCACACUGUCAACGUCAAAUACAGAGGCCAGCACGUCCCUGGAAGCCCCUUCCAGUUUACUGUAGGGCCCAUGGGGGAGGGAGGAGCACAUAAAGUCCGUGCUGGAGGACCCGGCCUGCAGAGGGGCGUGGCUGGUGCACCCACUGAAUUCAGCAUUUGGACCAGAGAGGCUGGUGCUGGUGGACUGUCCAUUGCUGUCGAGGGCCCUAGCAAAGCGGAAAUCUCCUUUGAGGACAGGAAGGAUGGUUCUUGCGGAGUCUCCUACAUCGUGAAAGAACCAGGUGACUACGAGGUGUCAAUCAAGUUCAAUAACGAGCACAUCCCCGACAGUCCCUUCAUCGUCCCAAUUGCUACGCUGUCAGACGAGGCCCGCAGGCUCACCGUCACCAGCCUUCAUGAGAAGGACUUGAAGAUAAACCAAGAAGCUUCCUUCAUGGUGCAGCGAAAUGGGGCUCGAGGUGUGGUUGACGCCAAAGUCCACACGCCCUCUGGCUCUUCUGAGGAGUGCUACGUCACUGAGCUCGACAGCGACAAGAGUGCAAUCCGUUUCAUUCCACGGGAGAAUGGAGUUCACUCAAUAGAUGUCAAGUUCAAUGGAUGCCACAUUCCUGGAAGCCCCUUCAAUGUGAGAGUGGGAGACCUGGGAAUGAUUGGAGACCCAGGCAUGGUGACUGCACAUGGUCUUGGACUACAGGGAGGAACCACAGGUGUCGCUUCAGAGUUUGUGGUCAAAACCUGUAAUGCCGGCUCAGGCACUCUAUCUGUCAACAUCGACGGACCUUCCAAGGUUAAGAUGGACUGUCGGGAGUGUCCUGAAGGCUACAAAAUCACCUACACUCCCAUGGCACCUGGCAACUAUCUCAUCACCAUCAAAUACGGCGGGCCGCAGCACAUCGUGGGCAGCCCUUUCAAAGCUAAAAUCACAGGUGUGCGGCUCUCGGGUGGACACAGCCUCCACGAGACCUCCUCCGUCUUGGUCGAAACAGUCACAAAGUCCUCCAAAGUGGGCGGUGCCUACAGCGCCUCCUCGUCCUCCACCGCGAGCAAACUGUCGUCCGAUGCCAGCAAGGUUGUGUGUCGCGGAGCGGGGCUGUCCAAGGCUCUGGUGGGGCAGAAAAACAAUUUUACAGUUGACUGCAGCAAAGCAGGUACCAACAUGCUGAUGGUGGGAGUGCAUGGGCCCCAUACUCCCUGUGAAGAGGUGUACGUCAAGCACAUGGGCAACAAGCUCUACAAUGUUACUUACACUGUCAAGGACAAGGGCAGCUACACCGUCAUUGUCAAAUGGGGGGAUGACAGUGUCCCUGGGAGCCCAUACAAAGUGGUCAUACCCUAAAAUAAACUGCCCCAGUAUUCCAUCCCUCAUCCUCUGCUGACCCAGCAGCCUUUACUUGUCGUGUGCUCACAUCAAACUCCCCGUACUUCGCUCUUCCAUGGAUCACACUGUACUCGACGUUCACUAAAACCUGCAGAAAUACUUGCUUACAGUUUUCCGCCAUGAUAGAAUACCUACCGUGCCAAAGUUUUGUAUUAACUCCAGAAUCCACAUUCUGUGUGAGUGGUGUAAAGGCAACGGUUUACAAGCCUUCGAGUGAUGUUGGUGAAAUGUUGUGCUCGCUCCAUAAAGUUCCCCCACUCCUUUUUUUGUUGUGAUGUAAACAAUAACACUCAAUAAUAUGCGGAUGUUUUUAGAAAUGUUUUGGAAUUAUCAGCAGUGUCAAAGUGUGAUGCGACGUGGUUUUGUAUGGUCUAAGAAUGGGAAAAUUACCUUUUUGUUAUAUUAACCUAUUUUUUGGUAAGUCUUUGCAGCCCUAAUAAAGAUUUCAUUGCUUACUUCCCACAUGAAA